AUUAUUGUUAUUGUUGUGAUGCCAAAGAAAGUCUUCGUCAAAUCCCUAAACUUUCUUUCACUAAACUAUUCUAUCGAUUUCUUCGAAAAUGGCGUCCCCAACGAGAUCGGAGGCCCUUUCGCUUCUUCGCUCUCUGAUCCGUACAGCCCGUCACUUCUCCGAUUACAACAUCAGAGAGUACGCCAAACGACGCGCGGUCGAUGGCUUCCGCCAUAACCGAAACCUUUCCGAUCCUCCAUCCAUUUCUUCCGCCUAUGCCGAUGGCAAGGCUCAGCUUGAAGUUGCUAAAAGACAGUCCGCCGUUUACUCCCUCUAUGGGCCGAAGGUAAAGAGCAUCAUGGAGGCUCAUCGCAUAAACUGAAUACGGAAGCUCUUUUUCCUUAAUUUAUUGUAAUUCUAAUUCUAUUGUGAUAGAUUUCGUGAGUAAGGGUUUAUUUCUGCUUCACGGAUCAUACCUUUUCUACUAAGAAUUUAAUAAAUCGUUUGAGUAAUUAAUCCUUGACUGUGGGAUGAAAUAUGAAAUAUUUGGUGAUGAUGAAAACAUGAUUACACUGAUCUUCUCAUU